AUGGACUCAAGAAUGGAUUCAAAAGUCAAUCAAUUGAGUCCUAAAAGCAAUGAAUGGUUGAAUUCAUUGAAUUUUGGCCACAAUUGCAACAAAACAUUAGAUCUGAAGUGUAAGCCAUUGGUUAUCAUCAAAAAGCUGAGCGAAGAACAGAUCCAGAAAUAUGACAAAUAUUUCUACGAUAAACAUGUCGUCAACUCUUCUCAAACUGAAGAACCCGUUGAAAGAGACAUCAAAUCCAUCGAAAUCCCGGAAUUCAUGCGAAAUUUGAAUUUGAUUUCGAGACAAGAAUUGGCGGACAAACCAAAGGAAUCGUUGAAACAGACGUUUCCCUUAAGAAUAGUGAACAGAAUCCGUGUCUCAGUUGCCGACAAAGAGUCCAUCGAAACAGUCAAUAGAUUAUCGCAUCAAUCGAUUGCCACCAAUAGUGUCAUCAAAAGGGGUCGCAAACGGAAGCAAACACUGGAACAGAGACUUACGCCUAAACCAAAGCCUAAGAAAGCGAUGACUGAAGAGAUGGCAAAUGAGAACCGAAGGCGGAAUCGACUCUUGAAAUUUGUGUCCAAUUUUGAAUUCUCGUCAAAAUUGUCUGAGACUUUGGCUAAAACUCUUGAGAUUAGUGGACAUUCUUCACGAGAGGAGACGAAGUGGUCUCCCAUACGAUACCCAAAGAAUGAGGUAUUGAUGUCCUAUACGUCGGGCAAUCGCUAUAAUCAAUGGACGGCGAAGAAUAUGGAGAUGGCGUCAAAGGACUGGGAAUUGGGACAGGAGUUAAGUCGAGAGAACAUGAAUUAUUGCUUCACUCGAAGGCAACGCAGGGAACAGUUGUUGAGAAGAGAGACGGCAUUGAAUUGGAGGUCACGUCUGACUGCUAUCGCCUGUCGACCACUCGAUGUCUCUCUUCAGAGACUCGAAGACAAGCCUUUGGAGCAAUGGUUGUGUCCGUCAACUGACAGACAAUGGGAUUCUCAAGAUCUCGAGAAUCAGCCGCUGAUUGUCAAUGAUUUUGAUGACUUGAGUCUGAAUGAGAUUCUGAAUGAAUCGAUGCUAUUGUCUGACGUGACCGCCGAUGACGGCGAAGAUGUUGUGCCAAAAAGUGACGACAAACUCAAUAAGAAGCCGAUUCUCAUACAAUAUCUUAGCGGUAAAACUAUUGUUCAAAUCAGUUGUGAUUAUUCACAUUUACUGGCGCUCACCGGUGACGGCCGGGUGUAUGCCUGGGGUAACAAUUAUUACGGACAGAUUGGAUGUGGAGAUGGCAUUGGAUUCACUAAUACACCGAUUGAGAUGACAUUUAGGUUUAAUUAUAAAAUACAAUCUGUUUAUUGUUAUAACGACUCGUCGUUUGCCAUCACAUCCGACGGACGUGUCUUCAGUUGGGGUGAGAAUAGUAACCAUCGAUUGGGACACAAUAUACCCGAAGAUAAGUUUACGAAACAAAAUAAACUUUAUAACAAUUUUGUCGGCUUUUACGCCAAAGAAUGUCAAAUAACUAACAAAACUAUUGAUUUGCGAGAUAUGAAUGAAUUAACGAUAAUUACAUCAAACGAUAUCGAAAUGAAAAGCGAUAAUACAGUGAGUGUUAUGUCAUUUGAAGAGUUCAGAGAAGUAUUACAACCGAUGGCCAGUAAUAGCGAUACUAUUACACCAAUGGGAAGCAAUAAUGGUAACAGCCAAGUGUCUCAAAACAGCUUUUAUCAUAAUACUUUUGAUGAACUCGAUCAGAUAGGGAAGGGUGGUUUCGGCACUGUGUUUAGAGUGAGACAUAGAUGGGAUGGUAUUGUGUACGCGGUCAAAAAAAAUCACCUACCUUGGGAAUUGAGGGAAUUAUAG